AAUACCUUAAACAAAAGUAAAACUAUACAUACAACAAAAUUGACCUUAAAUUUGUACCAAUAGCCCAAGAUCCAUACAAUGCAAAGAAUUCACCUCUAUAUCAUAUCCAUUUUUUCUUUAGAAAGAACUUGCCUAUGACCAUUAACCAAUUAUAGUCAAUCCCCUGUAAAUGAAAACAUUUAUAAACAAUCAUUUUGGGAAUUUUGUUAUUGUCUCUAAACUGCUCCCUGUUGGUUGCUGAGCAAAGUAUUUUUAGGAUUCAUGGAAACAUUUUGGGGGUUUUUGGUCCAUCAGACCACAUUAGCCUGGCUAAUCUGGUAUGGGAAGUCCUUCUGUCUAUAUGUUGCUUUUAUUGGUUAAUGAAUAAAUCUGUUUCAGCCACUGGCUUAGCAGAAUAGAGGAAGGCAGGAGUACCAAGCUGAUAGAGAAGGAGAGAGUAGGUGGAAUCAAGGAGAACCCAGGUAGCCGCUGCAGGAGACAGAUGCUGGACAGAACUUUACCAGAGACUAUGCACAUACCUCCAUACCCAGUUUUAUGUGGUGCUGGAGACUGGACCCAGUGGUUUGUUCACACCAGGAAAAUACUCUUCCAACUGAGGUGAAUUCUCAGCCCUCGGCGCAUCCCUAGGAUUUUGGUGCUCCAAACAUGGAGUGAAAUAUGGUUUUGAAUAGAAAUGAACAUGAUGGGGGAAAUCAUGUGGAUACGAAGAUGACCUUGGAGAGACUCAGGACAUACUCUCAGAGGAGUUGUGGCCCUGACACAUCAGGAGAGGAUUAGAGUCUUCACACAGCAAUGACAUGGGUCGAGCUUCCUUGGAUUUGGGAGAUGAGUAGGGCGGGGCAACGCUGGUAACUCUAUGUGAAGUCAAGUCACACCUGCCCGUGAAGAUGUGAAAGGGAAACGGGACAAUGAAUGUACCAAUAAACUACCGAAAAUUGCAGCUUAGGCCAAGAUACUGAGCUCUUUUUAACACUGAAUGUGCCUUUAAGCUACAGUGACAGUUCCCUCUACAGGAAAGGGGUCCGAUAAGGGUUCCUUGCAAAUCUAGACAUGGGCAGCUACUGAAAUUUUCCUGAUGAGUUAGAUUUUCACUUCUGUGGCAAGUGUGUUACCUGGCCGAGCCCAUAUUCAAAGGCUGGGUGGAUUGAUCCCCUGCAAGACACUUGAAGGUUAAUUAGCUGCAGAUCUCGGCUAAUCUGACUAAGCUGCAGAUGCUAAAUGUCGGCUGGCGUCCCGGCACACCAGCUUCUACAUGCUCUUGACUUGCCUCCUACCUUCUGUUCAGAGGGCCACUUUGGAGCUAUGUGGCUCCUUGCCUGUCUGUGCCUUGUGCUGUGUUUUCUGGGAGGCGUGAGCUGCACCUGUCCUGCGCAGUGCACCUGUGAUCAUCACGGCAGGAAUGACGGCUUGGGAUCAAGGUCAGUGUUGUGUAAUGACCUGGACAUGAAUGAAGUCCCUACAAACUUCCCCGUGGACACCGUGAAGCUUCGGAUAGAGAAGACUGUGGUCCAAAGGAUCCCCACAGAGGCCUUCUACUACCUGGUGGAGCUGCGGUACCUCUGGUUAACUUACAACUCAGUGGCCAGCGUAGAACCUGGCAGCUUUUAUAACCUAAAACACCUGCAUGAACUGCGUUUGGAUGGCAAUUCUCUGACUGCUUUCCCUUGGGCGUCUCUGCUGGACACGCCCCGCCUGAAGACGCUAGACCUGCACAAUAACAGAAUAACCCGUGUGCCAAAUGAGGUGGUCAGAUAUCUGAAGAACCUUACCUACUUGGAUCUGUCAAGCAACCGAAUAGCCACACUGCCACCAGAUUUCCUGGAGAGCUGGUCCCAUUUAGCGGUGACACCUUCUAGAAGCCUGGAUCUUCCACCAAGAAGAAUUAUUCUUGGUUUACAGGACAACCCUUGGUUCUGUGACUGUCACAUUUCCAAAGUGAUUGAGUUGUCGAAAGUUGCUGACCACACCGUUGUACUUCUUGACCCUCUGAUGGUCUGCAGUGAACCCGAGCGCCUCGAAGGAAUCUUGUUUCAGAGGGCGGAGCUGGAGCAGUGUCUGAAGCCAUCAGUGAUGACCUCAGCUACCAAGAUCACAUCUGCUGUGGGUAGUAAUGUCCUGCUGAGGUGUGAUGCCACUGGCUACCCCACCCCACAGCUGGUGUGGACCAGAUCCGACAGCUCACCAGUUAAUUAUACAGUAAUCCAGGAGUCUCCCGGAGAAGGAGCCAGAUGGUCCAUCAUGAGCCUGACAGGCAUCUCCUACAGGGAUGCUGGGGAUUACAGAUGUAAAGCCAAGAACUUAGCUGGGACGUCUGAAGCUGUGGUGUCUGUGACCGUUGUUGGCACCGUUACUACCACCCUAUUACCAGACACUUCAGAAAGAAACCCUGGAGAGCCCCCUGAUCGGGAUCCCCAGCAGGGAGCAGGAAGCUCGCCGCCUCUACCUAAGUCAUGGUUGCCACCCGGCCUCUCUUCCACUUCUUCCUAUUCCACUCCCUCAACUACUCUGUCUACAUCUUCAUCAUCUCCUUCUUCCUUCUCUUUGCCUCCUGUCUUCUCUGUUGCUUCAGCACCCACAAGUGUAAAAACCAGCGGAUCGGAAAGCACCGUCAGGACGAGCCACCAGUCACUCCCGCUCCACCCUGGCGGGAAAAGCAACGCAAAGCUAGAGAAGAACGGAAGUAAGUUUCCGCCCGUCAGUGCGAGUAAGAAAGAGGAGUUGGCACUGUUGGAUCAGGCGAUGCCCACGGAAACAAAUGUCUCUAUAGCCAACCUCAGGGUGGCCAGCGAGACUGGAGUGAGCGCGACUUUGACGUGGAACGCCACCACACUGGGGGCUGCCGUGACUGUGCUGUAUUCUAAGUACGGAGAGAAGGACCUGCUGCUAGCGGAUGCAGACUAUGGCGAGAACCAGGCAACCAUAGAUGGCCUAGAACCCGGCAGUCAGUAUGUGGCAUGUGUCUGUCCCAAAGGAGUGGCUCCCCGGAAGGACCACUGUAUCGUGUUUUCUACCAACAGAGUGGAAGAACCCGACUCCCAGUGGUCAUUCCUUAUUAUAGUGACCAGCACUGCCUGUGUUAUAGUUGUGCCCCUAAUUUGUUUUUUAUUAUAUAAAGUCUGCAAACUACAAUGUGCAUCAGACCCUUUCUGGGAAGAUGAUUUGUCGAAAGAGACAUAUAUCCAGUUUGAGACUCUGUCACCCAGGUCACAAAGUAUAGGAGAGCUGUGGACACGGAGGCACAGAGAUGACACAGAGAGGCUGCUGCUGUGCUCCCGGGCAAGUGCCGACUCUCAGCUGAACUCUAACAGUGACGGUUGUAGACCAGAAUACUAUUGCUGAGGUUUUGCAGGUGCGAUGAACGUGAGCCAGGAACCGAGGGAUCUAAUGCUGUCACAGACCCUCUGUUGGAUGACUUUUGGACAGGCUUUUGUAUCAUCUGUGAGAAUCACAAACGCUAUUUUUUGAUGCAUUUUUUAAAUUUAGUUGAGAAACAUCUCAGUUAUAACAACAAAUGACCUUUAUUUUUUAUUACACGAAUGACAUCCAAGUAAAUAAUUUCUUAGUAGUAUUUAAUAAGCUUAUAAUAAUAACUUUAGGGCAAUUUAGUUCCAACAAUUAGUUCAUAAAAAAUACUUACAAUAGCUAACCUCUUCAUUUGAAAGAAUGCAGGUUAGCAGUCAAGAGAUGCUAGCCUCGCCAGAGAAGCCUGGCAACCCAGAAUGUUCAAAGUGCUCUGAAGAGUUUGCUGCGGGUGUUUGCUGCUGCUGCCUGGUGUGUGAGCAUGAGACCCUAAGGAAUCUUGUGUCCACAGAUAGUUUUUUCCCUAACCCUUUAAAGUCAGGUGUCAGUUAAAUUAAGUACAAGAUGAGCAUAACAAACACAACACUUUUGUAGAACCAGUGACUGUAUUUUAACACAGUACCUAGCGGUUGUAUUUUUAACACAGCUGAUAGACUGUCUGUUCGGGCUAUCGUGAUGUGUUAAUUUAAGAACGUUCUCCUUAAUUUCUUUCCACCUCCCCCCGUCUCAUUGUCUUCCUUCACUUUCCUUUCUUGAUCCUUUAAAACUUCCCUUUAAAGCCGGGCAGUGGUGGCGCACACCUUUUUAUCCCAGCAAGCGGGAGGCAGAGACAGGUGGAUCUCUGAGUUCAGGGCCAGCCUGGUCUACAAGAGCUAGUUCCAGGACAGGCUCCAAAGCUACAGAGAAACCCAGUCUUGAAACCCCUCCUCCCCAAAAAGCCUUCCCUUUUAAGGGACAGAAGAUGCCCAGCCGCCAAAGGACUGCAAGCUCAGCUGUCUUCUGCCUCCCUGUAUUUUUAUUCUCUUUGUAGAAGGAAGGCCUUUGAGAUUUCUUUGCUGUUGUUGUUGUUGCUCAGGUAUAGUGGUUUUCUCCUUUAUUUAUUUAUUUUUUCAUUUUUAUGGGGUUGGUGUUUUCCCUGAACAUACAACUGGGGACCUCAUGUGUGCCCAGUGCCCUCAGAAGACAGAAGUGGGCAACAAGUUCACUGGGACCAGAGAUUAAACAUUGCUGCAUGAUGAAUGGGUCAAAAAAGAAAUCAAGAAACAAACACAAAAUACACAAACAGGAGAAGCACUCUCAAACUCCUCCUAUACAGUCAAUUCCAUGCUCAUACCAAACCAGAUAAAAACAUGGCAACCAAAGAAAGAAUGCAGGGAAGCGAGAAAGCUAGGAAGUAAUCAGGCGAGGUAGAAAGAAAGAAAGAGAAGAGGCCAAUAGCUCUUGUGAACAUGGAUCAAAACAUACUCAGUAAAAUACUUGCAAGCCUAGCACAGGCAUACAUCAAAAAGACUAUCUGCCAUGAUUGAGUUGGCUUUUUCCCAGAGACACAGGGAUAGUUCAACAAUGCAAGUAAUAAUAAAUGUAAUUGUCUUAGUCAGGGUUUCCAUUGCUGUAAUGGAACACCAUUAGCAAAGCAACUUGUGGAG